UCCGCGGUGAGUGUCAACACGAGACAUGUGCGUGAAACACGGAAGUAAACUUAUUAUAUUUAACACAUGUUAACGCAUCAAAUAAAGAUGGCAUUUUGGUUCUAUACGUGUUAGUUUUAUAUAAAUCGUUUUAUAAACGCUACAGACGCGGUCAUGUCCACCAAGAAUUACCAGCAGUGGGCUUGUCUGAACAUGGCUGCCCGGUCUAGAGAUGUGACCCCACCGCGGUGAUGGAAAGAUGAAGACGGAGGUGCCAGAUUCAUCUCGCCUUCAUUUUUUUCACUGUAUGUUGUUUGUAGGAGGGGCUGAAGAAAAGAAAAAAAGGGAAUAGAUGGAGACAGAAGAGGAUGAACAGGCAGAGGAGAAAGUGUGGCUGGCCACAGAUCUUGGAGAAAGAGCUGAAAGAGGAGCGAUGAUGGGGACGGAAGUGGGUCUGGUUUUACCAGGUUUCUUUGGGAACUCGCAGUUGGAGGAAAGUCCGCCAUUAGGAUCCUCUCUUUCCUCGGACCAUACGGAUAACUGGGCUCCGUCCAUCUUGUCAUCCUCUUCCUCCUCUCUGCCCUGUCUCUGUCCUCCUCUUCCUCCGUCUGUGGGGCUGGAUGGCGUGCUGGCAGAGGGCCGGCUGGUUCUGGACGUGUAUCGGGGCGGUGGAGAGGUUCUCCCUGUGUUCUGGGAGUGUGUUCAGGAGCGGAUGAGAGGCCUGCAGUACCUCAGACUGGGAUCAGAGGACGAGGGGGCGCUAGAGAGGGCACUGAGUGUCCUGCCCCGACUCACACAACUGCGCUCCCUGACUAUCAGAGGACAUCGUUUCUAUGACCCUCAGGGUGACCCUCUCCCCGGCCUGCUCUCCUCUCUCCCUGACUCCGUCUCCUCUCUGUCUCUCCUCGUUCACCUGGAUCUCUCAUUCAACCGUCUCUCCUCUCUUCCUCCCUGCCUCCUGUCUCUCUCUCAUCUUUUGGAGCUGCUGCUGUGUCAUAAUCAGCUGACGGGUCUGCCGGAGGGUCUGGGAGCGCUGGCCGUAGGACUUACACGGGUGAGUCUGCUGGGGAACAGGCUGGUGGCUCUGCCCCGGGCAGUGGGCCUCCUCUGCAGGCUGGAGGAGCUGGACGUGUCCUUCAACCAGCUGGAGAGACUUCCAGAUGAACUCGGACAACUACAGGACUUACAAAAACUGGAGCUGUCAAAUAACAGGCUCAGAGCGCUGCCGGAGACUCUGGUUGUGCUCUCUCGCUCUCUGAGGCAGCUAGUAAUCCCAGAGCUGCAAUGAUCUGAGGAUCACUGAUUGCCCACGUUGCACUCCCUCCCGCUGCUCGACAAACUAGACACGAGGAACAACCCGCUGGGCCAACCGCCGACGCCCCCACUGAUUGCCCACGUGACCCCAGGUGCUGCUGCUUUAUAUACAUUCUUUAAUGCUAAUUCCAAAUUUAACUCUUCUCUUCCCAUCAGUUUUCAAGUAUCAUCUGCUGGUUGUCACGUGUUCCUUCCUGGAGGGGCGGAGCUCUUGUUUCCACGGAGAUGCGUAAACGCAGUCACAGAACUGCAGUGGGCAGAGAGGAGACCGGACAGAAAGUGGGUGUGGCUAGAGGAGCAUGACGUCCUUUUGAUACUUGGGGGGAAAAAGCUUAGACCAGUAGAGGUGUGUAUUCCAUAUCACAAAACACGGAAAGGUGAUGUUGCGGUUCGCAGGUUUGAUGGUUGUUCUUGGUCGACACUACCCACCCUGACCAGGAGGGGGAGUGAGAAACACAGCUGCAGGCCCGGGGGACGCCCGGCGCGGUUGGCCUGCUGCAGUGUGUCGCAGUUCUCGUGGUUCGUGGCCGUCUCUCGUCCUUUCCUGGACAGUUGCUCUGUGUCUCCAGAGGGGGCGCUGCUGGUGUCUCAAUUCGACCCAGGGAUCAAACUUAUUUUCCCUCCGGAGUGCACAACAGAGACACGUACAGUCACAAUGCAGGUCUAGCAGGUGGCGCUGUCUGAGGUGCAGGACCUGACUGGAGACCCUCAGGCGAGUGCCAGCCCACUGCUAUGCCUCUCUCAAACUCCCAGCAUGCAUUUCCUUCAGCCAAUCACAGUGCAGAUUCCUCUUCCUCCUGGAGUGACUGGACACAUGGUGGACAUGUCCCGUUUGCACCUGAUGCACGGCGACCCCACGGCCCACACCUGGACUGACAUCACCGCUCAGGUGUCGCUUUACGUCACGCACAUCUACGCCGUCUUCUCCAUCACACACUUCUCAUGGUACUGGUUGUGGUACACCACUCACAGGUGUGUUAGUGGUAUCGUCAGGAAGAUGUAUCAUCGCUUGAAACAGUUCCGGAUUCGAUUCCUGGCGCUACAGAAAAAAAACGACCCAGAGCAGGUUCUGCUGCAGUGUCUGCCGUCGGACAAGGCUGAGAGCAGGUUGGCGUCUCUGUCGGAGCAGUAUGAAGGUCCUCAGCCGUCUGAGUUGUGCGUCCUGCUGGAGGGAGAGCAGUUUUUUGCUGGUUUUGAGAGAGGCAUUGAUAUCAGCGCAGACCGUCCGGACUGUAAAGAUGGCAGACUCUCAUUCACCUUUUACUCUCACCUGAAGAACAUUAAAGAGGUGCACGUGUGCCCGACCCACCCACAGCAGGGCACCGUGAGAGGACAGGUGUCAUUUUACAGGGGUGAAGUGCCCAGUGAUCUUCCAGAGGAAGUGGCGAGUAAAAGAAAAGGUCAUGACAACCAGUGGAUGGCGACGCUUCCUCUCCGGAUUCCUAAUGCAGACUGUGAUGGGAGCGUCUCCGGUGAGCUGAACCUGGGCGACCCAGAGAGCGGCUACCUGACACAGACCAACCUGCUGUCCAUCUCCUUACGCAUCAACCAAGAGUGGCAGAACAUCGGCAUCAACCUGGGCAUCAGCUACGACCAGCUGGAACGCAUCCGAAACCAGCACAGGAACAACUUUGGGGCCCAGGUGUUGGCGAUGCUCUUUCAUUGGGCGAGAGGGCAGCAGGGGGCGGGGCCAGGGGCGGUGCAACGGCUGAUGAAAGCGCUGGUGGACAGUGGAAGGCGGGACUUAGCGGAGGAAGUAGAGGACAUAGUGACUCUGGGGAAGAAGAAGUAUGAAGAAUCACUAAAGAGAGUCGGACUGGAGACACCAGCGAGCUCUGCAGACCCUCAGUCCAGCUGACACACACUCACACCAUUAGGAUGAUUGUGCUGCUGAGAGCGGCUGCCAACAUCAUGACAUAUACACUCCCACCAGCAGCACUGCAGACCGGCUCAGUGACACACACGGACAUACAGUAGAGUCUCAUCUCACAGGACAGUCUCUGGGUCUCAGAGCAGCUGUCUGUCUGAAUGAUGUCUUCAUUAGACGACUGUCUCUUUCUCCUGUGCCUCUCUAACUCACAGCAGAUGUAUUUUAUUUGUAGUGAGACACAAUGCUGCACAUUAACACUGAGCCAAAUGAGCCAUCAGUAUUUGUUAGAUGAUUUUUAGUGUUUUAACCAAGAAAAAAUCUAAAUGUUUUUAUUUUUAUGUAUAUGGUGAAUCCCAAGCAGCCUCUCAAAAAAGGUCAUAUUUCAUAUUUUUGGUGUGUGUGUGUGUAUAUAUAUAUAUAUAGUUAGACAUAGAU